AUGUCUCCGUCGAAAGCUGAAGCAGUAGUCCAACAUAUCCAUCCAUUAACCAAAGUUGACGGGGUUGGCAGGUACAUAUGCGAUGGCUGUAAAACCGAAGGCUCUGGGAGGAGCUACCGUUGCGCCUCCUGCAACUACGAUCUUCACGAGUACUGUGCCACGUGUCCCCCUACCCUCGUCAGCCAUCUUCAUCCACAGCACAAGCUCCGGUUAGUCCACGACAGACGUGGGUGCGACAUCUGCAACGAAGCAACCAAGGGGCUGUUUUACCAAUGCGAGCCUUGCGGCGUAGACGUCCAUCCACUCUGCACCCAGCAGCCUCAGAAAGUGAGCCACGAUCGCGAAUGUACAAACCAAGGCGAGGUUGAAGAAGAAGCAGAGCAUGGUAGAAUUAGAAAAAGGGAUAUAGCGCGUUUUGGCGCUAAUGUUGCGUACGCUUGUUUGACGGGGGAUGUGAUCACUCCGACCAUUUCUUAUUUCUUCCUUUGA